ACAGAGUGCGCGCGGCGCCGAGGCCGUUCCCGGGGAGCGGCGUCCCUGGACGGCGGGCGGCUCGGGCGGUCCCGGAGGAGAACUGGAGAUGUCUGGUCUGUGCCGCCUCCUGCUCGCGUACCUGUUCCCGGCCCUCCUGCUUCACGGGCUGGGAGAGGGUUCUGCCCUCCUUCAUCCAGACAGCAGAUCCCAUCCCAGGUCCUUAGAGAAAAGUGCCUGGAGGGCUUUCAAGGAAUCACAGUGCCAUCACAUGCUCAAACAUCUCCACAAUGGUGCAAGGAUCACCGUGCAGAUGCCACCAGCGAUCGAAGGCCACUGGGUGUCCACUGGCUGUGAAGUGAGGUCAGGCCCAGAGUUCAUCACAAGGUCCUACAGAUUCUACCACAAUAACACCUUCAAGGCCUACCAGUUCUAUUAUGGCGGCAACCGGUGCACGAGCCCCACCUACACCCUUGUCAUCCGGGGCAAGGUGCGCCUGCGCCAGGCCUCCUGGAUCAUCCGCGGGGGCACUGAGGCCGACUACCAGCUGCACAACGUGCAGGUCGUCUGCCACACAGAGGCUGUCGCUGAGAGGCUCAGCCAGCUGGUGAACCGCACGUGCCCGGGCUUCGUGCCUGCUGGGGGCCCCUGGGUGCAGGACGUGCCCUACGACCUGUGGCGGGAAGAGAAUGGCUGCGAGUGCACCAAGGCCGUGAACUUCGCCAUGCACGAGCUGCAGCUCAUCCGUGUGGAGAAGCAGUACCUCCAGCACAACCUGGACCGCCUGGUGGAGGAGCUCUUCCUCGGGGACAUCCACACUGACGCCUCACAGAGGAUGUUUUACCGGCCGUCCAGUUACCAGCCCCCCCUGCAGAAUGCCAAGAACCACGACCAUGCCUGCAUCGCCUGCCGCAUCAUCCACAGGUCAGAUGAGCACCGCCCGCCCCUCUUGCCCCCCAAGGCUGACCUGACCGUCGGCCUGCACGGCGAGUGGGUGAGCCAGCGCUGCGAGGUGCGGCCCGAGGUCCUCUUCCUCACACGCCACUUCAUCUUCCAUGACAACAAUAACACCUGGGAAGGGCAUUACUACCACUACUCCGACCCUGUCUGCAAGCACCCCACCUUCACCAUCUACGCCAAGGGCCGCUACAGCCGGGGAGUGCACUCCUCCAGGGUCAUGGGAGGCACGGAGUUUGUGUUCAAAGUGAACCACAUGAAGGUCACCCCCAUGGACGCGGCCACGGCCUCACUCCUCAACGUCUUCAACGGGAACGAGUGUGGGGCCGAGGGCUCCUGGCAGGUGGGCGUCCAGCAGGACGUGACACACACCAACGGCUGCGUGGCGCUGGGGAUCAAACUACCUCACACUGAAUACGAGAUCUUCAAAAUGGAGCAGGAUGCCCGUGGCCGCUAUCUGCUCUUCAACGGCCAGAGGCCCAGUGACGGGUCCAGUCCAGACAGGCCCGAGAAGAGAGCCACCUCCUACCAGAUGCCCCUAGUCCAGUGCGCGUCGUCCGCGCCCAGAGCCGAGGACUUCUCCGAGGACCACCGGGGUCACCAGUACGGGAGCUGGGCUCCAGGGCGGAGCGCUUGUCCCCUGCUCCUUGCUGUGCUCGCCGGCCUUUUGACUCUACUGCACUGGAACGUCCUCAGAUAGAAGUUUUUAAAAAGCUAUAUUUUUCCAAACCAGGAUUCCUUACAAUUGACAGAUAUUCUUUACAAAAAAGAAAGGGCUCUACUUCUUGUGAUGCACUUGAACGCCCCGGAAAUGUGGCUCCUUUUCUGCUGCCCGGCCCCCUCCCUCCCAGCCUGAGUCCUGAGCAGUGCUGUUUGAAGUUUCUGCUUUGAACUCUGGCCAGUGGGAUCCCAGGCCCGGGCGCCUGCUCAACAGUAAUUGCACUUUAAGACCGCAGAGAGUGUCGAGCUAGUGUGUUUGGUAGAGGGGGCAGGGUGACGGCUAAGCCCUCUUCUGUUCUUCCUCGGAAUCAUUAUUCUGUUUCUGAGUUUCAUGUCGACGAAUAUCAGACUCCUGCUUUUCCUGCCACUGAUCCGCGGAUGCUUCUUGUCCUCCCCUGAAGCUGUGUAAUGACCUGGAAUCCAGUGCAGAGUUGGUUUGGGACUGUCAUCAAGACCCCUGUUACUAAGAAGAGACUUGAGUGUAGAUAUGUAUAUAGGGAAAGACAUCCUGACAGCCUUAAUGCAAAAGAAGGAGGGAAUCACAACUUUCAAAUGUUGAGUAGAAAAGUAUCUGUAAUUAAAGUUUCAACAUAAUUUAAACUACUGUUGUUUUAACUUGUGGGGAAAGGAGACCUGGUGAAAUGCUGGUUUCUGGGUGGUUGCCGAAUGCACACUGCCUGAUGACUGUUCAGCUGACAAGCGUGGUCGAGCAGAUACCAAAAGCAGUACACAUAGGACCAGCGAUGCACGGGAUGGUGACAGUGCGUUAAAUGCUACCUGAAUGGUUAAAAAGUGCCUGUUCAUUCCACAGUUUCCUCUUCAUGGGACCCUUGUCCUGGCUCAUGCUGUGUCUGGUUAGGGGUGAGCGAUAGAGCCUCGCUUGGCCACCUCGGCUACCUUCAAAGAUGACUAUUCAGAGACCAUGCUUUGCUGUUCAGGGACCUGGCUGUUCAAAGAGAGUGUAGUGGGGGCAUCCUCACCGGGGCUGCACUAGACCCUCAAUGUGUGUGAGACCCACGCUUUGGGAAAAGCCCCCUUAUCACCGGAUGUGCUGGGUUUGCUCAGUUUCUGUCCUGCUGUUGCCUUUGCUCUGUGGCUCACAGGGUCUCAGGGUCACCUUCUGGAGAGUCUCUGAGCUUCUUCCUCACAGACGUUGGGAGGGGGCAUGAGUCAUGGCUGCCCAUUCCUUUGGAUCAUUACAGAUGGUGCUAUCUGAACACCAAGUGCUAUGGCCAAUAGAGCCCGACGGAGGGAAAUAGCAGGUCACCGAAAGCCUGGAUGGAAUCAGAGUGAGCACGGAAACCACAAUCGAGGUCAAGAGUCAUACUUGUAUUUAAAAAUUAACUUUAUGAAAUGCUGUAGCAUUCAGUGUGGUGACAAAUUGUAAGGAUAGCAGGGAGUACCAAAGUGCUUUAUCUUUAGAAUAUAUUUUAAGUUGUGCAUACUGAGGGGUUUAUCGAAUGAAAUACUAACUUAAUGUCUGCCAAGUUUAAUAAACAAAGAUGUCAAAGAUACUCCCACAGAAUUCAUUUUACCUGUGGAUCUAUUUAGUUAGCACUAAUGCUAUCUUUAAAGGAUAUAAUAAAAUUAUGUGAAAAACUGUGUUCACUGCUAAAGAAUACGUCAGCGAUUUGCCAUAAAAGUGACUAGAUUUAUAGCCAUGUAAUUCACAGGCACUCACCUAGGCUUAGAUAUUCAUACUUUUAAAAAGUACACCACACGCACACACACAUACAUGCACACAUGUAUCCAAAUACAUAGGUAUUAACAUGAAUAUAAUGUAUGUGUAUGUAUAUAUGUCUUAGGACAACAUGACAUUCAUGGGGUCGCAUCACUUUCUGACACAUAAAUCAUUACAGAGAAUGGCCAGUGUAAUUUACUCACAAAUAAUCAUCACAAUUAGAUGUAUGCCUGUCACUUGCUGUAUCACUCACGUAUAUCACAUCUUGUUUUGGUUAUGUCGUAUUAACGCAAAUAAGGGUCCGUAAGUUAGUGGCAGGUAGCUCCCCUUGUAAAUACUGGGUUUGGUGAAAGAAGUAAGUAAAUAAAGGAUGGCUCUUCUCGACUUCCCGGCCUGGAACUAGACUUCCUCUCUUCCUGGGUAGUAGGCUGAUGAUGGUCAGGGUCAGAAAGUUAUUUCUUCCGGGGAUGUACUGUAUGGUGACUAACAUAAUAUAAUAAAAAAACAUUAAAAAAAAAGUUUCUUCGGCAAAUCCUGUCAACUCCAGGGGGACCUGGACUUAGAAAGGAGCUUCCUGGAGCCCCCAGUCACCCAGUAUGGAACAAAGGUAAUUUGUGCAGACAUGACAAAUCUGGUCAUCUGCGUAGAUGCCUAGCGUCUGUGACUUCCAGGUGGUGGUGUCCCUCCUGCCAUCCUGAACAGUCCGUCGUGGCAUCCUGGUGCUGUGGCAGCCCACUCGGGUAACUCUCAGCAGCACCCAGCACCCAGGAUCCCUGCGCGAGAGGCUAGGAGUCAGGGCAUCCUCGACAGGGCUUCACACACACUUGUAAAAAUGACUGGACCGUAAGACCUGUGGUUCCUGGUUGAAGGGAAAGCUUUCAAAAGAAUAGAAGAGAUUCUCCAUCCCACCAACUCUUUAAAUAGGUCUUGAAAACACAGAUGAUGUCCAAAGCAGUCCACACACACAUUGCAAUGUUUCAUUUUAAAAAGGUAAACACCACCCCCCCCAUACGUAUGACUUAUCAGGCGAUGGCAAUGGAGUGCGACAACCAACAGAUAGCAUCUAACUGGGCAUUUCUGGACACGUCCUCAAAGGAAAAUGCAGACCAUCCUGAGGUGGCAUUAGGGGAGCAGGGAUGGGUGGAAAUACACGGAGAGUGGGCCCACUCUGAACAGAGAAUUUCUCUACCUGACACAGAUUUUUCUGG